AUGAGCGCAACAGCACCCGAGCUACUCCACCGAGCCCCUCCAGACCACCCGCUUCCCCCGCCUAUAGGAUUCCCCAUCGACGCGGAGGCCAUCCUCGCCAAAUUCCCCGCCGGAACGAAGCUCCUCUCCGCCACGCCAUCCGGAACCUCAGCCUGGACCACGACCGCCUGCCUGCACGUCGAGUUCCCCUCGGGCUCCACACAGCGCUACUUCCUCAAAUGCGCGAGCGGCGACGACGACGACGGCGACGACGGCGCGGGCGGCCGUGCCCUCAUCGAAGGCGAAUACCACGCCAUGUCGGCCCUCUACGCCGCCGCCCCCGACUUCGUCCCAGCACCUCACUCCUGGGGCGAGUUCAGCAGCAGCAGCACCACCACCAAGAGCACCACUACCACCAACAAGAGCACGACCACCCCCACCACCUACUACUUCCUCCUCACCCAAUUCAUCCCCCUCCAACCGAACCCGCACCUCCUCCCCCCGGACCCGGACCAGCUCUGCGCCCAACUCUCCUCCCUCCACCGCACCAGCGCGUCCCCAACAGGGCAAUUCGGCUUCCACGCGACGACGUGCCAGGGCCGCACGGCGCAGGCGGUGCGCGGGUGGCACGCGAGCUGGGCGGCCUGCUUCGGGGAGAUGCUGGCGCACGCGGUGCGGCUGGACGCGGCGGCGAACGGGCGGUGGGAGGGGUUGGAGCGCGUGUGGAGGCGCGUGGAGGGGAUGGUGGUGCCGAGGCUGGUGGGGGCGGUGGAGCGGGAGGCGCGGGGGGCGCGGGGGGGCAUCAGGCCGUGUUUGGUGCAUGGGGAUUUGUGGGAGGGGAAUGUGGGGACGGCGGUGGGGGGCGGGGUGUAUGUGUUUGAUGGGGCGAGUCUGUAUGCGCAUCAUGAGAUGGAGGUGGGGGGGUGGAGGUGUGCGUAUAACAAGAUUCAUGCGGAGGUGUAUACGCGGACGUAUUUGCGGUAUAUGGGGCCGAGCGAGCCGGUCGAGGAGUGGGACGAUCGGAAUCGGAUUGCCUACGAGGACAUGUACUACCUCGUCGACAAAUACGCGCCGUUUCCCCAUGGGGAAGGCCCUCCAAGGCUGUCGGCGGAUGAAAGAGUCUCUUUGUCCGCGGAGCGGGACCAUACCGUGGCCUGA